UCGGACCAAAGUAAUAACUCAUCGCUUGAAUUUUGUAGAGUUACAGUUUGAUGUCUUCUCGAAGACAAAACCUACGUAAACGGCAGGAUUUUACGAGGGAUGAAGUUAAUCUUGCUAAGCAACAUGAGCUUCAAAUUGCACUCGAUUCUUCUCAGAAAAAAUGUGCCGAUACUGAGGUGGAGAUGAAAGCUCAGGAGGAGAACUUUAAUGCUAUCAUUCUUGAAUUGAGGCGUGAGAAUAGUUCUUUGCAGGAGAAUUUAAAGAAGGAAGAGUCCGAAAAAUCGGAUGCAAUUGAAUGUCAUAGGAUAGAAACGAAAGCUCGAAUUUCCGCAGAAAUUUUACAGGUUUCUCUCUCGGAAGAGCUUGAAAAGGCUCAACAAGAUUUAGCAGCAGCCAAUCAGAGGGUCACUUUUCUGGAUGAUAUGAACAAGAGAUUGCGUGGGUACAACGGAGGUUUGCAACAGUACUGUGGUAGACUGUAUGAUGAACUUGAAGCUGCUAGAGAGUCUCUUGAGCGGGUAGAGAAAAGGAAUGAAGCUUUAAUGGAGAACUUUAGAACAUUAAGUAGCUCCUGUAGCUCGCUCAGGCAUCAAUAUUCUUUAUCUAUAGAUUCCCAGAAUGAGGCCUUGAAUCAGAACGAAUUGUUACAUAACAAAGUUAAAUGCCUUCGAGAUGCACUGCAACGAGAAAGAAAUGAAGUUAAAUUCCAUCGAGAUCUAAUGCUGCUCUUAGAAGAAGACCGUAAUUGUCAAAUAGAACAGGUGGAAGCCUUAAGUGCUGAAGUAGCAAAGAAUAAUGAAAGUUCAGCUGAGAUGGAUAAUCUGAUGUCAAAGUCAAUUGUUUUGGAGGAAACAUGCUCUGCCCAAAGACAACAGAUAUAUCUGUUAGAGCAGAAGCUAACUGCUGCAAAUGAAAAGUUAAAGGAAUUAAAGGGUAAUAUUCGUGUAUUCUGUAGAGUGCGACCUUUGUUAGCAGAUGAUGGUGCUGAAACAGGAGGCCCGGUUGUAUCCUAUCCUACAACAUUAGAAACUCUUGGCCAGGGAAUUGAAUUGACACAAAGCGGGCAGAGUUAUCAUUUCACAUUUGACAAGGUGUUUAGUCAUGGUACUUGCCAACAGGAUGUUUUUAUUGAAAUAUCUCACUUGGUACAAAGUGCUCUUGAUGGCUACAAGGUAUGCAUUUUUGCUUACGGUCAGACUGGGUCAGGGAAAACCUACACAAUGAUGGGUAAGACAGGCGAUGCAGAACAGAAAGGGCUUAUACCUCGCUCCCUUGAACAGAUUUUUCAAACAAGCCAGUCCCUUUCAGCACAGGGUUGGAAGUUUAAAAUGCAGGCUUCAGCAUUGGAGAUUUACAAUGAUAACAUUCGUGAUCUACUGUCAACAAAUAGAUCAACUAGUACAGAAAGUGGCGGGGAGCAGUAUACCAUUAAACACGAUGCCAAUGGCAAUACAACUGUCACUGACUUGACAAUUGUUGAUGUCUGUAGCAUCCAAGAAGUCUCAUCUCUUCUACUACAAGUGGCACGAAGCAGGUCUGUAAGUAAGACACACAUGAAUGAGCAGUCAUCCAGAAGUCAUUUCGUGUUCACAUUACGAAUCUUUGGGGUGCAUGAGAAAACUGAACAACAAGUGCAAGGUGUGUUAAAUUUCAUUGACCUUGCUGAAAGCGCGCGAUUCACAAAGAGUGGACCAAUAGAUGAUAGGUUGAAGGAAACUCUGGCCGUCAAUGAAAGUUUGUGGUGUUUGAGCGGUGUAAUAUCUGCCUUGGCAAAGAAGGAAGAUCAUGUUCCGUUUAGGAACUCCAAGUUGACAGAUCUUCUCCAGCCUUGUCUAAGCAGGGAUUCAAAAACCUUGAUGUUUGUAAAUAUUUCACCGGACCCCAUUUCCGUUAGCGAAUCACUGCGUUCUCUUCGGUUUGCGGAAAGAGUGAAAGCCUGUGAACUCGGAGUUCCUCAACAACAGACGCCAACGGUAUGAUUAUCAAGCCUUGGUUUGUUUAGCUAAGGAUCUUGACAUAGCAACUGAAGACAGUAAAUAGCUAUAAAUUUCUAUUACCUUUGACUUCAAAAUCUGAUCACCGGCUAACUACAUAAAAUAGCUCUGUUUUUCUAUUAGUUUUGACUUUAAAAUCUGAUCUAUGUGUGAGAUUUACCUUCUGCAAUAGCAUUAGUUUUAAUCUUCAGGAUU